AUGAAAUCUUCUCUGGCUAUUCGAUGCCUAGCUUCUACUUUGCUUACUUUAAGCUUGGCACCGUUCUCCUCGUCGCACUAUGCGCAUGCACGCGCCAGCACUCACCCGUCAGAGCACGUUCCAUCGCGCGUUGCAUUCGAUCGGUCUCAUGAGCGUGAUGAUCUGGGAGCUCUCAGUGAGUUUGAUGAACGGGAGAACCAUACUAGGCUCGAGAAAAGAGGCGCCAUGACAAUUGCCUAUCGAAGCAAUGCCGAGAACGCGGAUCUGAAUCACGCUUAUCAAGACAUGGUAUACUUCGUCGGCUACAUCUAUAACAACUGGGCUCGAGUCGAUCCUAACAUCUUCGAGACCUAUUUCCACCCUUUCCACGUCACCAAGGUCCAGCAAGUAGCCUACACAAUUUUGCGCAUGGCCCAACCGGGAGGGAUUACCGAUAUGACCGGGAACUUGCAGGCUUAUCGACCCACGGACCUCAGCGAAAUCCUUCUCUUAAGAGAACAUGGCACGGCUCCGAACCUUGCCCAGUCGUUCAACGUUGCUCCUAGGGCUCUGGAUCCAAAGAUCGCCAUCUACGACUUCGGAUGGCAGGUACUGAGAAAUCGGAGGUUUCUGUCCGACUAUCCCGCCGACUGCAGCAAGAUCGGUUCGAAGGUAGACUAUAGGAUGCAAUUCCUUGGAGGACUCCUUUUCCACGAAGUACUCCAUUUCUAUAACGUGGGUCAGCUAGCAUGGGGCACGGUCCUGCAGGCCGGCGAGUUCAUCGACGACCAAGAGGGUGACUUCUGUGGCUCUUCUAAAGCUUAUGGACCGUAUCAAGCCAGAUUGCUUCGCGAGGGUGACUAUGGUAAAGCCCUCAUCAACAAUGAGAAUCACGUUUGGUUCUUCCUCGUGAGUGACACAUCCCGAAGCAAUCGGCCACGCUUACUGGUCCCUGGUGUGCCCGAGGAGCAUGCCCGUUACUACCUCCACCCUAACUAG